AUGUCUGGAGACUCUGCUGAGGUGGCGGAGGACUAUCGCCUCGCGUUGGAGGACCUGUCAUCCAACAUGCGAUUUGAGAUUAGCAACCUGACUGUGAUUGCUCGCGAGAAUACUGAACAUGCCCUAGCAAUCGCGGAAGUUUUGCAGCAACACAUCCUCAAAGCACCCCCGAACAAGAAACUCCCAGCUCUAUACGUACUCGACUCGAUCGUCAAAAAUGUCGGCACACCAUACACGCUCUACUUCGGCCGCAACCUCUUCAAAACCUUUAUGGAAUCAUACGCAGUAGUCGACCAACCAGUUCGUCGCAAAAUGGAGGAGAUGCUUAGAACAUGGAAGGAGCCUGUUCCUGGAUCUAUGGACAGUAGACCUGUCUUCUCGCACGAGUUGGUGCGACCGAUUGAGAAUGCACUCUUCAAGGCGCGAGCCGCAAGCAUGCCCCAAGCGGGAAUGAUGCCAGGUCGACCGCGAUCUGCCGUGCCCCAUCGUGAUACCCCGACACCGCCUGGAAUGGGAAUGAGAAUCCCACCACCAGGCCAUUCAGUUCAACAAUACACAUCAAAUGGAGGACAGUCAUUGAGCAAUGACAUUCAGAACCUAAUUGUGGUGAACCAGGCGGAAGCCUCGCGGAACCCUCGAGAUGCUGGUGUUCAGACUAGAUUAAGAGCACUCCUUAACCUGCAGGGUAUUGUGAACAGCACUAGCUUGCCUCCGGAUCAGCUUGAGCUCAUUAAGAACAAAGUAAAUGAACUUGCUGCUGCUGUAAACAUAAUGGCGCCUCUGACCCAAAGGCCGGCGCCUACUCCUCCUGUGCCUGUCCAAGCACGCCCGAUGCCUCCAGUGUCCGUAGCCCAUCCUCCGCCAGCAGCCCCGGCUCCGGCGCAAGAAGGCGUGACGCUUGAUGCGCUCUUGGGCAAGGGAGCAUUGGCAGCCUUGAUGGCAAGACAGUCGGCAACGCCUCAGAGUGCGACACCAACUCCUCAGCCGCCUCAGGUUCAUCGUGAACCACCAAAGCCACCAAUGCCCCCGAUGUCUGCCAUGCCAGCCAUUGCACCUAUGCCAACAAUGUCAGCUAUGCCAUUAAUGUCAGCGACACCAACACCUGCACCCGCACCACCGACCAGUGCAGCCCCUUGGAGUCUGCUUGAUCAACUACGAAAGUCAGGUCUGCUCCCACCUCCGCCAGUACCAGGUGGUAUCAAUGUGGCUGCUUUGAAACAGCCUUGCCAGCCUUCUCUGAUUCGACAACUGCAUAAUGACCUCGGUCAGCCUUGCACUCAGUGCGGUAGACGAUUCCCGGAUGAUGCGGCUGGCAAGAAGAAAAAGAUUGCCCACAUGGACUGGCAUUUCCGUGUCCACCAGCGAACCACCGAAGCCGAGAAGCGAGGCAUGCAUCGGAGUUGGUAUGUUAACCAAGGCGACUGGCUCAAGUCAAGGGAAGUCAUUGAUAUCGACAACGUCCCCACGACUGAAGAUGUCGCUGCUGCGGCCUUGAAGGAAUCUGAGGCUGCUAAGCCAAAGUACAUCCCUGUCCCUGAUCCAUCUCGUGGGACCAACACUGUCUGUCCCAUUUGUCAAGAUCGAUUUGAGAACAAAUGGCUUGAUACGGCACAAGAAUGGGUUUGGCUGGAUACAGUUCUGGUUGGUAACCGAGCAUAUCACGCCUCAUGCCACGCAGAGGCAACACGAGAUCGUGAAAACACCCCUGUUUUAGGCAAACGAAAGGCCGAAACAAACAUCGCAUCACCCAAGGUGCGGUCACUCAAAACAUCAGCUUAA